ACAAGAAUGGCACAACUAUACAAAGGUGUGCUUCGUACCGAUAAAACGGUACUGUUUUGUAUAGUGUGCAAUUGUAAGCUAACAGCUAACAAAAUAUUCGGUGUAAAACAACAUUUUGAAAGUACCAAACAUAAAGCGUGUGCGGAAAGACAAAAUAAGAAUUCUGUGCUAACAUUAAUGGCAGAGCAUGGCAAUAGUGGACAUAUAAAUAUUUUCAAUAUGGAUUUAUGCAAAAUGUUUCUAUCGGCAAAUGUUCCUACAAAUAAAAUAAGCCACCCAGCAGUAAUAGGGUUUAUGGAUAAACAUACGAAGAAUACAACACCCAGCCAAUCAACGCUUAGGAAUAAAUAUGUUCCUAUUCUAUAUGACAGCUGCAUUGAAAAAUUACGCCAAAAAGCAAAGAAUAAAUAUAUAGAUGAGACUACUGAUAUUGAGCAGCGAUUGAUUGUGAAUGCUAUAUUUGGAGUGUUGGAUGAUAGUGCAGAAGAAAGAGGCAAAUCCUAUUUAUUAAAAGUAACAGAAGUUGAAAGAGCAAAUGCAUGUAGCAUGGCUGGAUUUUUAAACGAUUCGCUUCAAAUAUUAUGGCCAGAAAGAAUUGAAUAUGAAAAACUCCUUCUUGUGGUAACAGAUGCUGCCGAUUACAUACUCGCUGCAAUGAGGUCUUUAAGUGUUGCAGCUAAGUGCUGCAGAGUAUUAUUGUGAUUUCUUUGAAGAAGUUCGCUCUGUUGUCGAUGAUUUAAACAGUGAAGAAUCAGAGGUUAUAAUUCAAUCAAAAACAGCGUUUGCCAAGCAUGGGAUAAUAGGAGAGUUAACAUACAUAAAGAACAUCUUCUCUUGUAUUGGAAAAGGCAUUGAAAAGUUACAGACAAAAGGAUUGCCUUUGAAUAAAAGUGUAGGAAUUAUUGAAGACAUUCAACUUCAACUAGAUGAAUGUAAUGAAAAAAACUAUAAAAAAAAUGAUGAUAUUUUAAAAAGAAAUGGAGGUUUUAAAUCUAUUACGAAUCUUUCAAAUAUUUUAUUUCAAAAUGGAGACAUAACUGAUGAAUAUGUUAAAAAAUUAUCUGCAAAAGAAAUAAGUUAUUCUAAGUAUGCCCCUACAACAUCAACAGAUGUUGAAAGAAGUUUUUCCUCUUAUGUCACUUUACUUAAUGACAACCGAAGA